UUCUCUCCUUUUCAAACCCACACUAUUCUUCAUAAUUCACCCGUGCGAAGCUACCGUUUUCCAACAAUUUAGGGUUACAGGACUUCAAAUUCAGCAUCAAUGUCUGCUUUUGGCAUUGGUUCUGCUGCCAAUACGAAUCCAAACAAGUCAACUGAGGUUGUAUCACCUCCUACAGAUGCUGUAUCAAGCCUUUCUUUCAGUCCCAAGGCGAAUUACCUUGUUGCUACUUCAUGGGAUAACCAGGUGAGAUGUUGGGAGAUAACAAAAAGUGGAACUUCUGUUGGUUCUGUGGGAAAGGCAUCAAUAGCACAUGACCAACCGGUUUUAUGUUCAGCUUGGAAGGAUGACGGAACAACAGUCUUCUCUGGAGGAUGUGACAAACAAGUGAAGAUGUGGCCGUUACUUUCUGGUGGCCAACCAGUAACUGUGGCCAUGCAUGAUGCUCCUGUAAAGGAAGUUGCUUGGAUUCCGGAGAUGAACCUUUUGGUAUCGGGAAGCUGGGAUAAGACUUUAAGAUACUGGGACUUGAGACAAUCAAAUCCAGUUCACACUCAGCAACUUCCUGAGCGCUGCUAUGCCCUUACAGUGAGACAUCCCCUGAUGGUUGUUGGCACUGCAGAUAGAAACCUUAUAGUAUUCAACUUGCAGAAUCCUCAGGCUGAGUUUAAGAGAAUCCCCUCCCCCCUAAAGUACCAAACUAGGUGUGUUGCUGCCUUUCCGGAUCAGCAAGGUUUCUUGGUUGGGUCAAUCGAAGGGAGAGUUGGUGUACAUCAUCUUGAUGAACAACAGCAAAGUAAAAACUUCACUUUUAAAUGUCACAGAGAAGGAAAUGAUAUAUACUCAGUCAAUUCUCUUAAUUUUCAUCCCGUUCAUCACACAUUUGCAACUGCUGGAUCUGAUGGUGCUUUUAACUUCUGGGACAAAGACAGCAAACAAAGAUUGAAGGCCAUGUCAAGGUGCAAUCAACCUAUACCUUGCAGUAGCUUCAACUAUGAUGGCUCCGUAUUUGCUUAUGCGGUAUGCUAUGAUUGGGGAAAAGGUGCAGAAAACCAUAAUCCAGCAACAGCUAAGACCUAUAUUUACCUGCACUUACCUCAGGAGUCAGAGGUUAAAGGCAAACCUCGAAUCGGAACCAGUGGAAGGAAGUGAAGAUAUGCCAUUUGCUAUUUUCCCAUAUCUGUUCUUGUACAUGUAAUGAACCGAUUGUGUAGACAAUGAUCUUUGUAAUCCAUGGGAUGCUCGAGUUGUCA